CCCCGCGACCCCCGCCCCGCAGCGCCCGCCCCAGGGGCUCGGACCGCCGCCCCGUCUCCGCCGGCGCAGCACGAGCCAUGCUGCUCCUGGCCGCCGCCUUCAUCGUGGCCUUCGUCCUCCUCCUCUACAUGGUGUCGCCGCUCAUCAGCCCCAAGUCUCUCAAGCUGCCCGGCGCGCACGUCGUGGUAACUGGAGGCUCCAGUGGAAUUGGAAAAUGUAUUGCUAUUGAAUGUUAUAAGCAAGGUGCUUUCAUAACACUGAUUGCAAGAGAUGAGAACAAGCUGUUGCAGACAAAGAAGGAAAUAGAAAAGUAUUCUGUUAAUGACAAGCAGGUUGUACUUUGUAUUUCUGUUGAUGUGUCUAAAGACUACGAACAGGUGGAGAAUGUUCUAAAACAGGCUCAGGAGAAGCUGGGGCCAGUUGACAUGCUUGUAAACUGUGCAGGAACAUCAGUUACAGGAAAAUUUGAGGAUAUUGAAGUGAAUUCUUUUGAAAGAUUAAUGGCGGUCAAUUAUCUGGGUAGUGUUUACCCGAGUCGAGCAGUAAUUGCUACCAUGAAGGAACGAAGAAUGGGAAGGAUUGUAUUUGUAUCAUCUCAGGCUGGGCAAUUAGGCCUAUUUGGUUAUACAGCUUAUUCUCCAACAAAAUUUGCUCUUCGAGGGUUGGCUGAAGCCCUGCAAAUGGAGGUAAAACCUUAUAAUGUCUACGUAACGGUGGCCUAUCCUCCAGAUACUGAUACACCUGGAUUUGCAGAAGAAAGUAAAACAAAGCCCUUAGAGACGAAGCUGAUUUCUGAAACUUCAUCUGUUUGCCAAGCAGAACAAGUUGCCAGAGUUAUAGUCAAAGAUGCCAUACAAGGGAACUUUAACAGCUCAGUUGGAUCAGAUGGUUACAUGCUGUCAAUAUUGACAAGUGGAAUGUCACCAGUUACUUCUAUUACUGAAGGUCUCCAGCAGGUUGUUUGCAUGGGCAUUUUUCGAAUCAUUGGCCUAUUUUACCUAGGAAGUUUUGACAGCAUAGUUCGUCGCUGCAUGAUGCAAAGGGAAAAAUCUGAAAGUGCAGAUAAAACUGAGUAAUCUUUAUUUUGAGUGGAAAGAAGAAUGUCAACCAGUCCUGGACAGCUAGCUGCUUAAGUGGGACUCAGUUUUGCUCCUGAAGGAUUUAGACUGGAAGUACUUGCCUGUGUGACAGAGGAGUCCCCUCAAAAGCUAUGAAAGAAAGCAAAAGUACAACUCCAGAAAAUGCCAAACUAUGCAAAAAUGUGAAUGAGGAUUAGAUAGGUGUUUUGUUUUGUUUUUUUUUUUUUGAUGAUUUGAGUUGGAGAGAAUUUGGAGAGCUUGUAAGUGAUCUGCAGAGUAGAAUUUGAGAAUGGACUAUAUGCGGUAAUUCUGGACAAAUACUUAAGUUUUCUCAUUUUGGUGCUUAUGGGCAAAAUAAGUACCAUGACAGACCAGGCUGAAAUAGAUUGAAGUCCCCUGAACAAGUUGAUACCUUUUGAUAAUGUUUUGGGACUUCUUUUAGUUUAGAAUGUUAGAUUUUUCUUUGGCCAAUCUACAGAUCCUUCUGUCAAUGACAGCUUUCCUUAUUCUAUCCAACAUGUGACUGUGGAAACCCUGAGAUGGCAAAUACAUUUGUAUGAUCCAAGCUUUCUCAGUCUGGGAGCAAUUAAAAAGUAUGGUUUAAUAUAUGCAUACUUUCUAAAGGGAGAUGAAGAACCCGUUCCCACAGAGAAAUGCUAGGAGAUGUGAUCAGGUCUGUAGCUCUUCUGGCCUUUGAAGUAUGUUGUGAACAACAAAAAAAAAAUCUUACCAGUAUCAAAUGUGUUGAUUAUGACUCAGCAUUUUAAGCCAUUGAAACAAUGUACAAUUUUUACAGAUACUUAAUCUGCCAGUUUUUGCUCUGGAAAGGAAAGUAGCUUAAUGCUACUGUAAUGCACAUUAUUUCAAAGCUGCAAAUCAUGAGCCAAACAAGUAGUUGAUGAUAGAAUUGAUUGUAAUUAAAAUGCCAGGCUCUUCCAGUAGCAGGAAUGUAGCUUUUUAGGGCAGAAGUGUCAGGAGGAGGGAGAGAGGUGUGUGUCAGAAUGGCCUUCCACACUUCAUUUUAUCACUACAUGGAAAAGCUUUCACAUGAGAAAUUAUUUAAAAUAUUCUCCUUGUAUGACCCACUUCUAAUUUGUUUCAUUUACAUAACAUGAAACAAGGCUGCUCAAUAACUGCUUCAGAAUACACAGAACCCAGUGGUUGUUUCUAAUCUCAUUCAACACUGAAAAGCUUGAUGCAUAGCAAUGAUGUUUUAAGGGUGCACUAUAUAUACUGUUUAUUAAAUGGACCACUAUAGUAAGUGCCUUGUGAGCUGCUUUUUUUUCAAAAGCUGCAUAUUUUGUAUUUGUUAGCACUGCUGUGUUUUCGAUGUCAUAUUCUCCAUUUUCAUUCAGUACUCUGAAUCUAAAAUUACGUGUAAAACUGGGCACUUUCACUUCCUUGAAAGUAGUAUUUAACAACCAAAAUAAACAAAAUUUGAUUGCUUUUGUUAAGAUAUUCUCUAUAUCUAUUUAAGAAGAGGUAUUCAAUUAAACUGAGAUGAAAAGUAAUAGGUGGUUAACUGGAAAACCUUAGAAUGUAGUUUAUUGAGGUGAUUUAUUUUCCCUCUCUGAAUUAGGCUAACCACUUUUAAAUUUUCCACAUAUACUAAACUUGCUUUAAUACCUGGUUUACAAACAUAUUUUUCAAACAGAGUCACAUUGGCACUCUCAUUUUAAGUGGUUUGACUUCCAUUAGAUUGCAAAUGUUGAGGCACUAUUGAAUUCUUCAUGAAGCCUAUGUUUUAGGUCCUGCCUCCCGAUUUUGUUUAGAUAUAUGAAGUUGUGCAUGCCUAUAAUAUAAUGCUAAUUUUGAGAACAGAGUGUAUUCCUGCAUUUUUAAACAGCUCAGCUUCAGUGCAAAGAAAUCUAGUGUGCAUAUGUAUUUCCUGUGCUGCUUAGUGUGAAUGACAUAAGGGAGCAUUCAUCAUACAUCCAUUGUCAACAUCGCUGUGUUUUCUAAAGCAACAUAAUGCUUUUCAGACCCUAUGAUUGAUGUUAACUCUUGUUUUGAUAAAAAUCAAAUACUCUUUCAACCAUCUGCAAAAAAAUACCAAAAUGGGUGAGUCAGUUGUGCUCUAGUUUGAAAAAAAUGCUUCUGUAAAUUACUUGAUAUCAGCACGAGCUUGGAAGUCAGGACUUAAAACCAGUAAGCCUUUGGAUACUUGAAUUUUUGGAUCGUCAGCUUGGAAUGCUAAAGGGUUUGCAUUUAAGAAACAUAAUCCAGAAGGUCAGAGCACACAUGACACUAUGGCAGCUGGGCCUCUAAAGGUGUCAGGUUGGGCAUCUUUGAUCACCACUCACUACUUCUUGACUGAAGAGUCCUCCCAAUAAUGACUGAUAUAAUUCAGUGCAAGUGUCUGUGAAGGAGAAGUAAGACUACUGGGUGAAAGUUAUGGCCCUGAUCUACAGAGACUUCAGUUCACACCUAAUUUUGCAUAGUGUAAGUUGUUGUGUUGACAGUGAAACUUUACGUUGAACCCCUCGGCAAUUGUGGAAAUUGGAACAAGGCAAGUUUUUUGAAUCAAGAAUAAUAAUCUUUUUUUCAAUGUUCUAUUUUCUGCUGUUGCAAGUUAUUGAUGUUAAUUUUAACUGAUAAACUUCUCAACUGUUUUACUGUCAAAACAAGGUAAAUUGUCAACUACAGCAACCUUUGGUGUAAAUUUUGUUUUCUUAUGCACAUUCUCUAUUUACCAAUAUACUCAUUUUAAGGUCCAAUAUAAAGUGAAGGAGAUGCCUUGUAAUCUUGUGGAAAAAUGUUUAGCAGUCGAAAAACUAUUUUGCCAGUUUAAAUGUUACAAAACCUCUGCAUUGAAAUGUUUUAGCAGUGUAUUAAAUCCGUGAAGAUCUUCAAAUAGGCUUUAUUACUUUUUGUCAAAUUGUCAAUAAUUUAAUCACUUGUGCCAUAUCAAUCGGUGUCUUGUCUCGUUUUCUUGGUCAAUCUUUAGGAUUCAAUUUAGGCUUGGAUAGUCUUUUCCAUUCCAUGUAGUUUCUAAUGACUGUCUGCUUUACAUACAGAUUUAUUAUAACUUUACUUAUAGUUUACUUCAACAAGGUGUUCACGUGCAAUUUAAGUAGAUUUAAUAUUUUACUAAGAAAAAAAGACAUAGGUAAAUAAACUUUAUUUGCUGUGAAAAACUCUAGGCACUUUUAAAUGGUAAAGAUAUAUAGCGUUAUUUGUAAAAAGAAACUUCGUGCUUAUUGCGUCAUCAUUUUUUGUGCCAGAACUGUAAACUAGUUUUCAUAUUUUAUAUUUCACAAAAUAAAUGGAGAAUCAACAAA